CCGAGGAAACCUCGCUAGCGCGUCAGGACCAAACAAAAGGAAUAAAAUUGUUUUGUGGAAGAAAAAUGUGUCAGCCAGUGAGAAGGUCCUUCACGCAUUUCUCAUUUUGUGCCACCUUGAUUCCAAGGAAGAUUCCCUCCUCGUCCCUUGCAUUGCCCCGAACCCGACCCGGACCCGGAUCCGCACUUGGCUUUUUGAGAUCUAUAAAUCCCCGUUUAUCGGGAGAGAACCACUAUAACAUCUCACUACCUAAAAUCUGUGGCGCGUAUCAAAAGAUGACAAUCUCUUCCGGGGAAAGCAGCACUUGUUCUCUGUCUCAACUUGCUCCUCUUGAAGCAGUGCUAUUUGACGUUGAUGGAACUUUGUGUGAUUCAGAUCCGAUCCACUUUUAUGCUUUCUGUGAACUGCUUCCGAAGAUUGGCUUCAAUGGUGGCAUCCCAAUUGAUGAAGAAUUCUACAGCAAGAAUUUUGCUGGGAAGCACAAUGAUGAGAUUGCUUCUUUUCUUUUCCCUGAUGAUUUUGAAAGGGGUUUAAAAUUUUGUGAAGAGAAGGAAGAUAUGUUCAGAAGGUUGGCUGAGGAGCAGUUGAAACCUGUUAAUGGUUUGUACAAAGUGAUAAAAUGGGUGGAAGACCGUGGUCUGAAACGAGCUGCUGUUACUAAUGCUCCCAAACCAAAUGCUGAAUUUAUGAUCUCAACUCUUGGACUGACAGAUUUCUUCCAUACUGUAAUUCUUGGAAGUGACUGUGAACAUGCUAAACCAUUCCCAGACGCCUAUUUAAAGGCACUUGAAAUUCUCAACAUCUCCAAGGAUCACACAUUUAUAUUCGAGGAUUCUGUUUCGGGAAUAAAAGCCGGGGUUGCAGCAGGGAUGCCUGUUAUUGGCUUGACAACAGGAAAUCCAGCACCCAUGCUGAUGGAGGCAAAGCCCACUUUUCUAAUUAAAGAUUACGAAGAUCCAAAGCUUUGGGCAGUUUUGGAAGAGCUCGAUAGCAUUGGAGGUGUGAAAAAAGGUGCAGCUUAAACCAUACAUAUAUUGCUUAUGAACCGGGUAGAGUUCCCCCAAUAAAAUCAAGUUUAAUUUCAUGGCUAUUUUGUAGAAGAGUUAUUCUCUCAUUUGGAACCUCAGUACAAAACUGAAAUGGUCUGUUGGAUCAGUAAUGAAGUUGCCAAGUGGAAUGAUAAUUAGAGAUCUCUUGCUUAGCUAUAAAAUGCAAUAUGUUUGUUACAUAUUGCUUUCAAAAUUUCAAUAUACUUGAAACUUGCUACAGA